AAACAUCUUAUAGAAAAGAUGAUGCCCCGAGUCCAAAGAGCCUGGACUUAUAUAUAUACUAAUGCUAUUCUUUGAUUUCUUCGUUAGGGAGCUACCAAGCAAGACUUGGAGGCAGGCAUUGCUGAUCAAUUAAUUUCAGUAGCAGAAAUGAAUCAUUCACAUUCUGAGCAUGAGGUGUAUGGGGCAGAUAGGCAUGUGGGUCAUGCCUCUUCUCCUGGAUUCCCAAAUCCCAGUCCAGCUGCUCCACCACCAGCUCCAGCUUAUGCUGCCCCGUACUUUGUGCAGUUGGGCGGCGGCACCAGGCGCUGGUCUACUGGUCUUUGCCAUUGCUGCGAUGAUGCUGCAAAUUGCUUGAUCACUUGCUGUUGCCCUUGCAUCACAUUUGGGCAGAUCGCAGAGAUAGUGAGUAAAGGAUCCUCAAAUUGUGCGGUGAGUGGUGCUCUGUAUGCGCUACUGUGUUUAACUGGUUUGGCCUGCUUGUAUUCUUGUGCUUAUCGUUCGAGGAUGAGGGCUCAGUAUGACCUGGAAGACGCACCUUGUGUUGAUUGCCUAGUCCACGUCUUUUGUGAGGGGUGUUCACUGUGUCAAGAGUAUAGAGAGCUCAAGAACCGCGGAUUUGACAUGGGAAUAGGUUGGGAAGCCAAUGUUGAUAGACAAAGGCGGGGAAUUACUCUACCUCCGAUGGUGGCACAAGGCAUGACCAGAUGAAAUCAAAGUCCGAGUGGUGUUGCAGUCCGAGUGGAUCUUCAACUCUAUGGAGAUAGCAAGCAAGGAAAAUUGAUUCGUGUCUCUUCGUUACAUUUGCCUUUGGAUGUACUUAUUGUGCUUAUCAUUUGGUGAUUUGAGACUCAGUUGGGAUGAUGAAAUAUACUACAAUUAUUUAGGAAGUUGCAUAUUUUUAAAUUUUUA